AUCUCAAUUUUUUUUUCACAGACAAUUGAGGGAGGGAACAGUACAAGAAAAUCAACUUGUAGAUGGCAGCAGGCUGACUCUUCUACCUAGCGUUGAAACAGGACUUCUGGCCCAAAGACCUGAACAGAGUGUUAUGCAAGCCUUAGAAAGCCUGAAUGACUCACAGGUGAACGAUUUCUUAUCAGGAAAAGCGCCUCUGAACCUGACAAUGCGACUGGGUGACCAUAUGAUGCUUAUCCAACUCCAAUUGUCCACUGUAACCCCCAGCAGCAGUUCAGGCAGUUCCAGUUCUUCCAAACGUUCCUCCAACUUCAAGUCCGUACCAUCCACAUCGGGCAAACACUUGACCAAAUCACUAGGCACAUCAGACCCUCUCGCGUCUCUAACGUCUAUCGUCAACAAGUCUAUAGAAGGUCCUUCUACCAAACUGAGAGAAAAACAAAUUGCUGCCAAACGUAACAGUUUUUUAGCGCUUCUGGAUUCGCAAAAACCGGAACCGGAAGUCUCUUCGUGUUUACCUGAAGAAUCAAUUAAAUCUUCUGAAGAAACUGUGACAAGUUUUGUUCCGGUAGCGAAAGUGGAGAGUUCCGACAGCGGAGUUUCAAUGGAUGUUGAUAGUGCGGUGGUGAAAAGUUUAGCGGAGAAUGCGGUGACUGGUGGUGCGUGCAAGUGCGAUAGUAGUAGCUCUCAACGAGCAGGUGUGUCCGCAACUAAACCCAUGUUGGAUACUCGAGCCCUAGCCGAAGCUUCUCGGAAUCUCACCCAAACACUGAAACAGUUGUCGUCUGAAGUGCUCACCUCUAAAACAGAUCCCAUCGAAGAUGCGAUAGGGAGCAAGCGGAGGCAGGGAGCCAUCAUCGAAAGUAUGCACCAUCACGGGAAAGGCGUUUACUCAGGAACAUUUUCAGGAACUUUGAAUCCUGCGUUACAAGACCGGUUCGGACGACCGAAGCGUGACAUCAGUACCAUCAUCCACAUCCUCAACGACCUGUUAUGUGCGACGCCACAGUACCGCAACUCUCGCCCUGGCACCCUGAGCCCUCUGUCUCCAGAGAAACCACUGCCUGCGCCUACCUCCACACAGACCACCUCCACACAGACCCACACAGGUGACAUGUUGAGUCCUGCCUGCGCGUCGACAGCUGUGUCAGACUCAGUAGAGAACCAGGCGACUCGUGACAAGAUGGAGCGAUUGCGUUUGAUCAUGGAAGAGCGACGCGAACGUCGUCGUGCAGCACGCAGCCGCCCUUACCCGCGCACACUUACGCCGACACGCAAACACACGCAGUGGUCUGCAAAGUCCGAGACACAGCUGCCGAUGGACACCGAACUCUGUGCCCAACCAGAUGUUACUCCUGAACCCGUUAUAGCUUAAGGUUUAGUGUUAUUAUUAUAUAUGCAGGGUUUUGGUAGCACCCGUAACUGUAGCUUCAAUAUAAACAAGAGAUUUCCAUUACCAACGACUGGCAACAUGUAUUAUACACUUUUUAAACAGUACAAAAUCCUAGUGGACUCUACCUAAUAUUUCUGUAAUUGGUAAUAUUAAUUGUUGCUAAAAAUUUGUUUUGUUUACUUAUUGUAUUGUUGUUAUUGAAGAUUUGCUUUUACUUGUUUGAAAUAGGUUUUCCGGUAAGCAGAUAUUUUAAAAUUAAUAUAUUUUCGUAUUCAGUUCCUGUGAACUAUUUGUUGUAAUAUCGUUUUGACACGACUGGUAACUUAUUAGUUUUAUUGGGUUUGGUGAUUUUUAUAAAAGGAUGUUAUUUAAAAAGAGAAAUAUUUCAAUUGAUGAACUAUAUUAUUGAAGUUAGUGAUUAAGUUAUGUACCAUUUUGAAUAUGUAUGUUUAAAACAGUAUGUGUGCGUUUUUAAAUUAAAACAUUUUAAUGCUGUUAUUAGUUUAAUUGACGUAAUUUUUGUUCUAUAAUGAUCUGUGGUACCAAGGUAUCUGUUUACACAUUUAAGAGGAAUUCUUCAUUAAUGGAGUUCCAAAAAUUCUGUUUUUUUUUACAUAGGUCGAAUAUCAAAAAGUAAGUUUUCUGUAUGUAAUCACAGAUGCAAGUGCAAUGAACAAGUAACCAUUCAUUCCACCGAUGUGAAUGAUUCUACGAGUGCGAUGUAGUGAUUCUGGGGCCAUUUUUCUAAUAAAUUAAGACCUAAUACACUAUUUGGAGAGCCUGUUAUGUGUUACUCAUUCAUUCCACUUGUACACUGUAACAAUCUAUAAAUGAUUCUCAUCUAGACAUUUUUUAAGAAAACAAACUUUCUUAAAAAUGUUUGGUUGUUGUAAUUAAUAUGAAAGCGUUAACAGUUUCUACCUAUCAUAUACCUAUUGAAUUAUAAUACCCUGUCUUUCAUCUAAAUCGGUGAAACAACUGUUUACUGCAAAACAAUAAUUAAUGCUGGAUUGAGAUAAAAUUCAGUAUUAUUUAUAUAGUUUUUUAAACAAGAUCGAUACAAAAUACUUUUUGAUCGUUUUUUUUUACUGUCUGUGAUUUAUUUAUACCACAUAUUUUGGUAGGAGCUUUUAAAAACGUAUAUGUUUAAUUAAAUACAACGUUAAAUAAAGUUUUGUCUCCUUUUCAAAGUAAGGAGACGUAAAAUAAAAAUUAUUUAACUAGAAUUCCUUGUAUAUGUCACAUUUUGUUCUUCGGGGUAAGUUUUAUUUUACUCAAAGAUCCUCAAAUGUAAUCAAAUAUCAAACAAAUAAGUGUUGUACUAGGAUUAUCAUUUUAGACCUUGGACAAUCCUAAUCCAAGAAAAAGAAAUUAGUUUGAUUUUGCAAUACACCAAGUUUAUUGUACCACUCAAAGUAGUCUUUUGAACCUCAUUUGAAAUGUGUUUCAGAAAAACUAAACGUGUGAUUCUUUUUUACAAUUAUGACCUAUUCUUGACUUGUUUCAUUUCUUUUGAAGAUAUUUUGGCUAUUAUUGUUACGGCCCAUAUGUUUUGUUUAAAAUAUAGAAUAAGAAGUGAUAACUGACUCAUGUUAUACAAUAUAGCUUAGCUAGUUGUAAAUUUAUUUUAAGCUGACAUGUACCAACCCAACAGUAGAGUGAAGUCAAAGACAAGGAGAUUUUGUUGUUAUUGAACCAAGAAUUGUAGAGUGAAUAGUUGGACUGGUCUGUUGACAUUAUCAGAUGUAUCUGUAUAGAUAACGAAGGUAUUCUAUAGAAGAUAAACUACAAUGUGAAAACUAUUUCUAAAUGUGCUUGUAAUAUAGCUUGAAUUUUUAGCCAACUUUGGAUUGUGGAAUCAAUUUGAUACUUAAGGCUGAUUAUUUAAUGUACAUAGUAAGGAAAUUUGUCCUGCUGUCUUAGUAGUAUAAUCGGAUGAAGUGAGUAGAGAUUCUGUGUUUCCUGAGUUGAUCUCUCUUUACUUUAUUUUUUCUGAUUUUAUUGAUCAUUGUGUUCAUUUCUUUUUCUCUGUAAGGACCUUGUUUGUUACUCGCGUUGAUUGGUGUUGAAAUUUCUCAAUACUCCUAUUUUACUUUUUUUGUACACCACCUUAAACAUAUCUGUUACUCAGCGUGGCCUAAUAUAAUUUUGUGUUGAAAUAAUUUGUAUAGUUUUAUUAAGUUGUUUAUACAUUUCUUGCAGAUAGACGGUGUUAUUCAGUUAAAAACAAAAUGUUAUGAGUGAAACCUUGUUUUGAUCUUCCUUCAGUCACGUGUUGUGUUGGAAUUACAUAGUUACUUAUAGCAGUUUGCAAUAGUAUUUUUGAAUAUUCAAAUUAAACGACUCUUAGGUAGGAGAAAAACCCUUUAAAUUUGAAUUGGUAAUAUUGUACCAUUUUAUAUUUAAGAUAAUGUAAACGUUUCAUGUCUAAGUUAAUUUUUGUUUUGAUUUCUUUCCUGGUAUACUACUUUGUUAAUUUUGAAAACCACUAAUAUUUCACCACUUAACAGUGAAAUUUUCUGAUGAUUUGAAGUACAAGGUUUAGAACUCAUUCGAAGAAACAAAAUUAAUAUUUUGUUUGAAAUUUGUUAUUGAAGAUGGAAGUUUUGAAAGGAUAACAGGAUUUUGGACAUUUGCCACUGUUACAUGUAUAACACGUGUGCUAUACAUUUUGUAACGUACAACGAUAAAAUUAAUGAUAGAUGGAUUAGUGUAAGAAAGGGCUGUGUAGCCCUAACUUUGCUGGGUCAAAUAGAGUCCAUCUUUAAUUAAUUAGUGAGGUAAUCUAUAUAUUGCUUGUUUUAAAUUUUAGGAAGUGAUUAUUAUUCCAUUUUAAAUUUGAGGUGAUGUAAACAUGUUAAGUUAAAGUUGGUUUUUGUUUUUAUCGUUUCUGAGUGAAAUACUUGGAAAGUAACUGAACUGCCAUUAUUGAAGACCACCAAACUUAAUACUAAAUUUUGUGAUUCUGUUUGUGUACACAGUUUAAAAAACAAACUUAACGUUGGAUACAAGAUACAAACAUGUAUAUUCUCCAUUGAAAUUUACAUUAGGAAUUGCUCACUGUUUAGACAAGUUGUCUGUGUGCAGAGAACAGUUCAUAUACAAAUUAUAUGUAUCUUUUUUUCACUAAAACUUCACUAAAAUAAGUUUUGUUUGUUUAUAAUUAAAAAUAACAACCUUAGGUGAAAUUAAUAUCAGGUAUAGAUAAAUUGUAAACUUAUCUUAAGUUAUGAAAAUCAAGUGGAAAAAGUUAAGACAUUGGUCAAAUCAAAGUUAAAUUAUUUGCAUCAGCAUUGAAGGAUACAGAGUAGAUCUGUAUGUUUAUUAUGGUUUUGAGCUUUAUUGAAUAAUUAAAUAUUGGUAUAACUGAAUAUGAAGUGUGAAGCAUGAGCCGCGGGUAAUUCAUGGCAUUUUUUUUAUGUUUAGGGCAAGAAGCUUAGAAAUUGCACCUUUUCCUAAAAGGACGUUUGUACUGCUUCCUGAGUGACAGGAUAUUCAGGAUGGGUAAGGUUGAAGGUUGGGGUUAGGGGCCGCCUCCUGUCUAGAAGGUACAAACCAGCCAAAAAUGACAAGGCAGUUACACAGUACUAGGUGGCAAUCCCUAAUACAACACAAUCUGGUAGUUCUGCCAAUUUUACCUAGAUCGCUUACCGUUGACCUAAUAAACUAUCAAAUGCGAAAGUCCGCCAGCUUCAUGAGUCACCCACUUCGCAAUAUAAGAAAGAUUACCAAAAUUUAACAACACUCUGAACAUGUUAAUUCAUCAGUAAGGUACUUUAUGUGCUGUUUGUUUCUUUUUUUAGAGUUUGUUGUAUAAUACUCCACAUUCUAUACUAAUAGUUGAUAAAAUUUUCUUUACUUCUCAUUUACACCUGAAAUAAAUAAGCAACUCAAUAAACUUUUGGAAAUUAGCUUGAAAAACUGUUAAGUAUUCUACAUAAUGGAUAUUUGAAAUAGUAGCUUGCACAUUCUUAAUCUAAAUUAUUCUCUUGAUAAACACAUUUUCUUAAAAUUAAUGUAAUAGGUCACAAAAUGUGAGUUUAGACUAUAAUUUGCACGUGAUACCAAUAUCUGCAUUAUCCGUAUAAACAAGCUUUAGAAAGUGAGAACUUUAAAAAGUUAGGUUAAAUACAGUAAAAGUUUGAAUAUAUUUAGUUAGUUUAUUUAUUAUUUGUUUCUCUGUAUAAUUUUAAAAUUUUCAGAUAAAGCAUAAGUGGUGACAAGAAUUGCUGAGCAAGUCACCACAGUUUGCAGAUUACUAUAUUACUUAUUAAAAAUGUAUAAUGUUCGCUUUGUUACUUUUUGCUGAGAAAUUAAAGAGGGAACUUAA